AUGAGGUGCAUGCAGAUGCUGGUCCCGCCCAGGCGUCGGCACUGGCGUGCCCUGAGCCCUCAGUGGAAGGCGGCUGCUCUUACCACUAACCAAAGGAUUGAAGAUCAGAUCAACGAGAAGUUUCUAUUAAAGAGCCUCCCAAUACUCAUAGUCUUUGAAAGAGAAAUCUUGACUCCGUAUAGCAGCGAUCUCCUCCUCAGCGUCACAGCUGCCCUUAGACCCCUUGUGAAAUCCAAGAUCGUCAAAAAGAGAACCAAGAAGUUCAUCCGGCACCAGUCAGACCAAUAUGUCAAAAUUAAGCGUAACUGGCAGAAACCCAGAGGUAUUGACAACAGGGUUCGUAGAAGGUUCAAGGGCCAGAUCUUAAUGCCUAACAUUGGUUAUGGGAGCAAUAAGAAAACAAAACACAUGCUGCCCAGUGGCUUCCGGAAGUUCCUGGUCCACAACGUCAAGGAGCUGGAAGUGCUGCUGAUGUGCAACAAAUCUUACUGUGCUGAGAUCGCUCACAAUGUUUCCUCCAAGAACCGCAGAGCCAUCGUGGAAAGAGCUGCCCAGCUGGCCAUCAGAGCCACCAACCCCAAUGCCAGGCUGUGCAGCGAAGAAAAUGAGUAGACAGCUUAUGUGCACGUUUUGUGUUUAAAUAAAACUG